AUGCUGAAAUACGCUUUGCUGUGUGGGCUUCUUGCUUUAAAUUUGUCCGGAGCUUUGACAGAAUCCGAUAUGAUUUGUCGUUUGACGGACGCUCCUAGCCAGUGCGGAGCAUUCUGUCUGUCCGCCCUCGCGCCCGUGUUUAAUUCCCUGAGAAUUCCGCACAAUCUGGAGAAUUCCAGUGAUUUAAGCAAGGCUAACGAGGUCCUGGUAAGACAGAACACGAUGGAUAGCCAAUUGACUGCUCUGCAGAAUAAGCUAGCAAGCAUUGAAGUCGCACUGACUUCUCUGCAGGAUAAGCUAGCAAGCAUUGAAGUCGCACUGGAUGCCCAAGCAAGAAAUCUGGCUAACAAUGAACAGAACUUUACUAAACGACUUAAUGGCUUGGAAAGCAGACUUUCGGACCAGGAGGAAGAAGUCUUAAAAGGGGUAACCAAAAUAAAAUACGUCGGAUUCCAGCGAAUUGGCUCAAAAUACUAUUACAUAGAGCAAGAAUCCCCAAAGAACUGGUCCGUUGCUGCAGAAACUUGUCGCAGUAUGGGAGGUAAUCUGGCGGACAUUAAGGACGCUGCAGAUCUAGCCGCCAUUCAGCUGAAUCUCAAGGUGAAUACGAAUUACUGGCUGGGAAUCAACGGCUUCGCCAACAAGUACCAAUACCUAUCCUUAUCCACGGGCAAGAAUGUUCCCUAUUUGCAUUGGGGCGCGGUUGUAAGUGGUUCCACUACCAAUCCACCUAACUUCAACUGUGUGGUCCAAAACAAUGGGAAUAUGUACUCUGUCGGAUGCUACCGUAACAACCUGUUUAUUUGCCAGACAGAGGGCUAAGACUUAAGGUGUAUAAUUGUAUACAUGAGAGUGGAUAUAUGGACAUAGAAUGAUAGAACGAGAUGGCUAAUGCAUACAACAAGAUUAGCGCGAAUUAAAUUGGGAAUUGUCUCUUCUGGGAAAUGGGAAAUGUCUUUUCUGCCAGUGGUUGAGUUAGUUGAAAUUAGACGACGAG